CCGGAACCCAGCCGGAAUCCACCACACCUCACGGUGAUACUAGCAGCAGUGUUCCUAACAUCACGUCUUCCAGCAGAGCUUGCUGCAGUCAGUGGGAUGGAGGAGGCGGCCAGGUGCUUCCUGGGGAGGUUUGUGGAGGAGUUCCCGGCUGCUCUGGAGGAGGGGGGUGCACUGCCCGUCAGCCCCCUGAGCCGCACAGCAUCUCUGGGGGAGCUGCAGGGAGAGAGCCUGGAGCUGGGUCUCAGGCUGCUGGCUGCCAGGGGGGCUCCUGCUGGCUUCAGUGCCCUCCUCUGCCAGGCAGCGCAGUCCCAGCUGCUGCAGGAUGACCUUUCACCUUUUCACUGCCCCCAGGAGGCUGAGGACAACCAGGAGGAGGAACAGCCAGUCGCCUUGCUUCAGUCGGAGGCAGUCCAACGUCUUUUCCUCAACAAGCUUAUAAAUGUGGCGCUGGCAUGGCAUCAAAAGCUCCCUAGCCCCUCCCCCCCCCCUCCCCGCUUCCUCCGUUGCUCUGUCCAUGCCAUUAAGAACACGAGGAGGAAGAUGGAGGACAAACACAUGGCACUGGCUGAGUUCAACCAGCUGUUUGGUUUCAAGGACAGAGAGCAGUGUGCCUACUACGCUGUGUUUGACGGCCAUGGAGGGGUGGACGCUGCCACCUACGCUGCCACGCACCUCCAUGUGGCCCUGAGUAGACAGGAGACCCUGCAGAGGGACCCCGCCACUGCCCUGAAACGAGCCUUCACACACACAGACCACAUGUUCAGGGGCAAAGCCAAGAGAGAGCGGCUGCGGAGCGGCACUACAGGCGUGGCUGUGCUGAUCCAGGGUCAGCAGCUGACCGUGGCCUGGCUGGGAGACUCUCAGGCCACACUGGUCAGAAAGGGACAGGCUGUGACCCUCAUGGAGCCCCAUAAACCAGACCGAGAGGAUGAGAAACAGAGGAUUGAGGAUCUCGGUGGCUGUGUCACCUUUAUGGGUUGCUGGCGUGUGAAUGGCACCUAUGCUGUAUCCAGAGCUAUAGGUGACUUCGACCAGAAGCCCUACGUGUCCGGAGAUGCUGACUGCUUCACCACCCAGCUGAGCGGGGACGAGGACUAUGUGCUGCUGGCGUGCGAUGGCUUUUUUGAUGCAGUCCAACCUUCAGAAGUCCCACAACUGGUCCUAGAUGCACUCAGGCAGUCUGAUGACCCCGAGGGCAGGUGGGACGCUCCGCUGGAUCCAUCCGAGGAGACUGUGGGGGUGAGAGUGGCUCAGCAGCUGGUAGCCCAUGCCAAGGCGGCGGGCUCAUGUGACAACAUCACCGUGAUGCUGGUGUUCCUGCACCCACCAGAGCAGCUGCUGGGUCAGAGCUCCAUCAUGGGACCGGCACAGGAUGCACCGCAUCAGUGAAGAAGGUCUGCUGCUCACACACCACUGGGCCAAGCUACUGCCUGACUCAGCAUUUCUCUGACCUUCUUCCUCCACAGUAUCUGUCACAGAUCCUGCAGACUGACAGAGCUUAUUACAAAGAACACAGCAGGGUGGAGUCACUCUCUGCCCUGCUUUAACAGUUCUUUAACAGGUCAACUGUUCCAUUGACCAAACACAUUUCAAUAAAUAUGUAUUGAAUGACGCAGGGCAAGAUUAAUUUGGGGUCCAAAGGCAAAAGUGAUCUAAGGGCCUCUUCUGAGUAUCCUGCAGCCAACCAUCCAGCCCAGGUUAGGUCUCAAUCAGUGGAGGAUAGGAGGAAUAAAGUCCAAAAAUGGAGAUAUAGUCAAACUUAAAGUAUAUGUGCAAAUGACUAUUCUCCACAGUGUUCCACAUUUCUACUUUAAAUGUGUCAUAUCAACUUUAUUCAAAACUCUUCGACUUUAUACAAAAUUGACAUACGUUAUGAAGUUAAUAUUCAAAUGUUUUCUCAAUAUUUAAACUAUUUUCUUAACAUGUCUGUUACAUUCUACUAAUGCAAAAAAAAGCAGAAGCUAUCUCCCCCCUCCCGUUGGUUUCACUUACUGUAUGCCUGGCCCUGAUAGCCCUUCAUAAGUGUGAGAGCUAUUAUGUUCAGAAAAAGGUCAGCUUCAAGCACAGAAAUGCACAUGAUUCAGAUGUGUAUGACUUUGGUCUUUAUUCUCUGUAUUACUGUUGUUGGUCAAUAUCAAAUGUUCUCUAUGCAUUAACCAUAUUUUAUUUUAAAAUGAAAUGUAGCUUUUGGGUCGCAAACAACCUUUGAGCUCAUGUUUGGAAAAGGUUCAGUAUUUCAGGCUCUGCAGUGGGAUAAGAUUCACACUGACAUUAUUUCAAGUGUCUUCAACACGUUCAGCUGCAGCAAAUACUUUCAUUGGUGCAUGCAGGAUAGUGAAUCCAGAUGGAAGUUGUACUCUUCUGCUAUUAAGAGUAUUUAGCACUAUAAAGGAAAAAUACUGUUAUUUCUUCAGUAGAUUUUGUAACUGGCCCCAUGCUGUGAUUUCUUUUGGAAUAGUUACCAAUGGUUUGUUUUUGAAUCAAAGUGACAUAGAGAACUUAAUACAUGCUGAGGUAAAGGAGUAUCAUUUACUCGAUCACACCCUUCUGACUCCUGUGUUUUUACACGUGUUUAACUGUUCUUUAUUAUGUCUUAUUGAAAACAUGAAUAUAGAUAUUUCUGCUGUUACGAUUUGAGUUGUAAUAUUGUGUAUUUCUAACAAGAUGAUGAGCUUUUUACAUACUAUUUACUAUCAACAGCUUCAUUAAAAUCAAUGAAAAAACAAA